AUGGCCGACCAUGUGCCCGCAGAUGUAGUGCAAGGAUCUACACCUUCUUGUGACGGAGAUGAUGCCGUCGCUCCCAAGCAUCCAACGCUCAGUCAAGCUCUAGCCAAUGAGCUCAAACGAUUCCACGACCUCUGGGACAAAGCCAGCGACAUCUCAGACCAACGAGACGCAUUGGCCAGAAUCUCACAAGCAAAUCGCCUAGCCGUCAAACAACACGAACACACAACCAACCUCAACCUGCAGGUCAUCAACCUCGACGAAUUGGACUCUCUCGACGACUGUUCUGAAUGGUUUCGCUUGGAGAAGAUUGCAUCGAAGCAUUUUCCGGAGCUCUAUCGCCUCACACGCAGAUUGAUGGGGGUUUGGGAAGAGAUGAUCACGCUUGAAGAGGCCAUCAAGAGCAAGUUUGCUGCGGAGUUGAUGGACAAUGCUGAGGUGGGGGAGGUCAAGAGGUUUGAGGCAGAGGUGGAGGAUUUGCAUUGGGCUAGAAAUGUCAUACUUGAGGGAUGUCGUGCUGUUUUGGCUGCUGGAGGAGCUGCAUACACGAGCUCCUGA